GUAAUUAUUAUAUAGAAAAUUCUUAAGGCAGCAAUGAUGAAAAUAGACAACGUGACAAGGAGGUUGCUAAACUACAGGAUGACAUUUGUUGACCUUAACAUUCCUUUCCUGGCUCUAGCCCAACUCUUCAUUGCGUUCUUUUAGGACCUACAUGGCUCCAACGAUUAAUAAUGGACUCGGAAUGCCACGCACAUUUGUUUUAGGGAUGCACAAUCUUUGGGUAGCAUUAUUAUUCGGAUUCUUCGCUUAUAUGUCAGGUAAGAGCUUUAAGCUCACAGUAAGAAGUAUUCACCAUGUGAUUUUAUGAGGCAUCCUACAUGUUGCAAUGGCAUCCCAGUUCUUCUCAAGAGCACAGAUCGAGAAUGGACCUUUCAUUUCAGCUUGCUACCAACCCAUAGUUCCUGCCAUGAGUACGAUGGCAGCUAUAUUCCUGGGACUUGAGAAAGGAUCUGGCUUAAAAUAUAUUGGAAUCGUGCUUUGAUUAGUGGCUAGCAUGAGCAGACUUGUCUAUGAUCUGAUCUUCUCUGAGGUAUACCUUGACGGGGAUCAGUUCAGAGGGAAAUUAUACAUUCUCAUGAACGUGUUCAUGCUUUCCAUUGGUGUUUUCUUCCAGAAGAAGGUCAUUCAGCAUAACCCUGAUAGCUCUUUAAUGGUCCUGAUAUUUUAUAUAUUUAUUGUUGCCUUCUUCACACAGGUAAUAAUCUUUCAAAUAAAGUUUGCUGGAAGUAGAGUUAUGAAAGACUCCUCAGAUAUCACUGUUGAGGUAUGGGACGUAUACUUCUCCUUUGGCUACUUCGUCACCUUGCUGAAUGUGCUGACGAUUUAUAUGAUGCUUAUCCUCAUGGAAGCUUACCGAUAUAUAGCAUUGAUAUAUAUUAACAAGAAAGGACAAAUUUCUAAAGUAACCAUUUUUGGAGCCCUACAUGGCUUCUUUGUGGUAAUUAUAAUAUUGGUUUUCGAACAGACUUCUGUAUUUGACAGGAUUUUCGUUGGGAUAAUUACUGUUGCUUAUUUCCUACUCUUCAUUUCCAAGUACGUGCAGUCCAGGGCUGGAAAGAAGUCUACAACAGGGAAGAAACUCAUUUUUAAGAGGAUUUUCAGGAGGGAAGAAUUUGCAACACAAUUAAUAUCAGCUUCAAAAAUACAAAUUAAAGAUAACUACUACCACUCCUCAUUUACGACAGUUGGGAGUGGUACAGGCGAUCGUACCUCUGUUUUCAGUAACUAUUUCCAGGCGAGGCCAACAAAAGUAAAAGCAUCGAACUACGCUCGGAUUACGAACAAGGACACAAAAGAGGGUGGAAAGGCAAAUCUAAGUGUCAAUCGUGCAAGCAAGAAGGAUGCAUCUAUCAAUAUGUCCAUAGCUUCAGAGAGUCAGUCUGAAACUUAAAUAGGAAAUUCAAUUUGGCCG